GCUUAGCAAUCAGCAGUUCAGACCAACCUGAUCAACCUCAAAGCUCUACUUUGUUUCAACACGACUUGCCAAACCAUGGCAGCAGACUCUAGGGAAACGACUUCAGGGGUGAACGGUGCGGAAGCCCAGAAGCUGCCACCAGGCAUGGUUCUGGGCAAGGACGGCAAGCCUUGUCGAUCCUGCACAUCCGGUGCCGCUUUCAAGUCCUGGUCCGCCAGCAUGAAGUCCUCGGCCGGCGGCGUAUCCGCUGCUGGCUUUGGCGCUGCUGCCACUGCGAAGAGCCCGCCGGCGACUCCAAAUGACUGCCCUGCCGAUGUCGAAACCCUGGGUCGGAGUACCUGGACGCUCUUGCACUCGAUCGCCGCGACGUACCCGAAAGACCCAUCUCCUACGCAGCAGUCCGAUCUGAGGACGUUUCUUGGCGCCUUCUCGAGGCUGUAUCCCUGCUGGGUCUGCGCCGACGAUUUCCAGACAUACAUGGCCAAGGAGCAGCUUGCCGUCGGCAGCAGAGAUGAGUUUGGCAAGUGGCUGUGCGAGGCGCAUAACGCGGUCAACACGAAGCUGGGCAAGGACACCUUUGACUGCAACAAGUGGGAAGAAAGAUGGCGGACUGGUUGGAAGGACGGCAGAUGUGACUGAUCCACAGCGACCGCGGUUUGCAGCAGCGGUGGUCGUUGUGUCAAGGCGACAUUGUAAGAACAAAGUGUACACUAUAUGCAUCCGGCACGACAUGGAUGCGCUGCCCGUGGGAUACAUUUAGCGAUAUCUCUGGGCAGCGGGGCAUAGCGCAUCACCUCUCCCAACACUACUCGAGUACGUAGACAGCAUUUGCAGCAUCAGACAUGUACAUUUCGAAAUGCAACUACGGGUGAUUGCGCGAGCGGCCGUGCACAUCCGAAAGAUUUUGGACAGCCUGGCCAAGUUGACGUAACGGUGGACUGGUGCAAUCGCCUGCCACACCUGCAUGGCUGGAGUUCGCGAUCACGAGACCGUGGGCCGAUCAGGCACAGCAGGGCGAUGGGCACAACGCUCCGAGGUGUGAUCCAUACAGC